CCUACCUUUUUGGACGGGGCACAAACACCGUAAGGUCUCCGUUUUAUCGCCUGGCCUUGACCGAAUGCAAGCUAAUGAUAAUCGCCCCCGAGCUAAUCUGCUGUAGCACAUAAACCAUAGAUCAAGCAACGUCAUGAGCAUGGCGGGCGUGCACCAGGCUCCGGCGCAAGGCCAAUCUCUUCUUGGCGGGCAACUUGUCUGCGGGAAAGCGUAUGAGCCCGGGCCAGGCCACAAAACGCACUUCUGCGUGUCCUGUCAGUUCCCAAUCGCCGUUUACGCCAAAGUCUUCCCCUGUCUGCACGCCUUCUGCCUGGGAUGUGCCACGGACAUGGGGUCCUGCUUCGUCUGCCAGAGCUCCAUAUCCCGGAUUGAGCGGAUACCGAAGUCCCGGGACAGCAAGGUGUUCAUCUCGCCGCUGACACUGCAACUCUUCAAGAGUGAGGAGGAGCUGGCGACGCACACGCGCAAGGCGCAGCAGCAGCUGCUCAACUCGGAAGCGGUGCGCACCGCUGGUCGGCCCAAGCAAGAGGUCACAGCGCCGGCCCCGACCCCGGUGGCGGCAGCAUCAACAGGGCCCAUGGGGUCACCGCAGCCCCACUCGCAGCAGCAGCAACCCCAACAGGCCCAGCAGCAACAGGGGCAGCAGCAGCGCCUGCACGCGCAACAGCAGCAGCCGCAGGUGCUGCCACCGCCGCCGCCGGCGCAGGUGCAGCAGCAGCAGGGCGGCAUGGGCAUGGGGAUGGGAAUGGGGCAGGCGCAGCAGCAGCAGCCACAUCAGGCGCAGACUGGGCCGAUGGGCAUGAUGGGGCAACAGCAGCCGCAGCAAGGCCAGGGCAUGGGGCCCGGCGUGGGCAUGGGCAUGGGAAUGGGCAUGGGCAUCAAUGGCAUGGCGCAGCAGGCCAACAGCGCACAGCAGCCGCCUGUGAUGUCGGUGAUGGGUGGGCCCAUGGGGCAGCAGCAACAGCAGCAGCAGCCGCAGAUGCCGCAACAGCAGCAACAGCAGCAGAUGCCUAGCGGCGGCGGUGGGCCGAUGGGCAUGGGCGGAAUGGGCAUGGGCGGCAUGGGGAUGGGGCCGCAAGGCGGCGGCCCCAUGGGACCUGGUUUCGGCGGCCCUCAGCAACAACAGCAGCAGCAGCAGGAGCAGAUGGCUAUGGCGGCGAUGUUCAAUGUGCUCACGGGCGGUCAGGCGGGCGCGAUGAUGGGUCUCCCGGGCAUGGGGCCAGGAGGAGGCAUGGGGCCAGGAGGCAUGGGGCCUGGCGGCCCAAUGAUGGGCGGUGGCCCCAUGGGCGGUGGUCCAGGCAUGCAGGGACCCAUGGGCGGCAUGGGGCCGGGGGGGCCGAUGGGCGGCGGCAUGGGCGGGGGCAUGGGGGCAGGGGCCAUGGGUGGCAUGCCGCACGGAAUGCCCAUGCCCUUCCCAUUUCAGUGAGGCUGUGCACUGCGAUGCAGCCCGUGUGCUACCGUGUGUGUGCGCGCGCUGAAAGUGUCGAGGCGUGAAGGCUUGAGCAGUGGCAGCAGGUGGCUUGCGUUGAAGGAUGGGCGAUGGGGCCAACAGGUAGGAGCCGUUGAACAAGUGCCGCCAGCAUUGAAGUUAUCUUGGCGUGUGAACGCGGAUGCGUGCUGUGGAGGGAAACUUGGUAGGCCUCCAGGUGGUAUAAAAUGUGGGCGGGGCCCGGUGUGGCCGGUUGGAGCUUGCGUUCUUGGGACCGAUGAACGGUGGUAUCAGUUUCCGGUGGAAAUGGUGUGCGAUGGGACAGUGGUAAGGCAGGUUGGUGAAGUCCGGUGGACACCCAAGUGAGCCACUAGUCGACUGAGAUCUGCUCAUGUAUCGUCAAAGCGCAAGGGCUGUGGCUGUUGGCGUCCAUGCAUGUGCGGCUGUGGCUCUGAUUGCGUUAACUCAUGCUGAUG